UUUUUCCGGAGAGACUCGAGAGUGAGGCGGAGGCCUCGUCUCUGCCCCGCCGCUUCCUGUCUCCCGGCUCGUUGCUGUUGCCGGCUCCGGUAACCGGCGCUUCAGCUCUGCCCGCCAUGUCCCAGCUCUGCUACAACCGGGGCUGCGGCCAGCGCUUCGACCCCAGCACCAACACGGAGGAUUCAUGCACAUAUCAUCCAGGAGUUCCAGUCUUUCAUGAUGCUCUAAAGGGCUGGUCAUGUUGUAAGAGAAGAACAACAGACUUCUCUGACUUCUUAAGCAUUGUGGGCUGUACGAAGGGUCUCCAUAAUAGUGAGAAACCCCCUGAGCCUGUGAAACCUGAAGUCAAAACUACCUCUGAGCGAAAGGAGCUAGCUGAACUGAAACCUAAAUUUCAGGAGCAUAUAAUUCGGGCACCAAAGCCAGUGGAAACCAUUAACAGGCCAAGCCCAGAUGAGCCAAUGACAAGUUUACAGCUGAAAGUAUCAGCUUCCCUGAAACAAGCACUAGAUAAACUGAAACUAUCAUCAGAGAAUGAAGAAGAAAAAAAAGAAGAGGACAGUGAUGAGAUCAAAAUUGGGACGUCAUGUAAAAAUGGAGGCUGUUUGAAGACAUUUGAAGGACCACAGAGCACAGAAGAAAUAUGUAUAUACCAUUCUGGAGUUCCUAUAUUCCACGAAGGGAUGAAGUACUGGAGCUGUUGUAGGAGAAAAACUUCUGAUUUUAAUACAUUUUUGUCUCAAGAAGGCUGUACAACGGGAACACACGUGUGGACUAAAAAGGAUGCUGGGAAAAAAGUAGUUCCAUGUAGGCAUGAUUGGCAUCAAACUGGAGGUGAAGUGACCAUUUCAAUAUAUGCGAAAAAUUCACUUCCUGAACUUAGCCAUGUAGAAGCAAAUAGCACAAUGCUAAAUAUCCAUAUUAUAUUUGAAGGAGAUAAAGAAUUUGAUCACAGUGUGAAAUUGUGGGGAGUAAUUGAUGUGAAGAGGAGUUAUGUAAACAUGACAGCUACGAAGAUUGAGCUCACUAUGAGGAAAGCAGAGCCCAUGUUAUGGGCAAGCCUUGAACUACCAAUACCUAAAACACAACAAAAACAAAAUGAAGAUAUUACAGAUCAAGAAUGAAUCCUAAAGAUAUACAGACUGUUUCCUGAUUGUGAAAGUGGUGACUUGCUACUGUAAUGCAUUUCCUUUUAAGACUAUUUUAUAUGCGAUCACUUUUUACAAUACAUCUUGCAUUCCAGAUCAGGGCAAGCACUCCGUUAUGUAAAAACCUAGUGCUUGCCCUGAUCUGGAAUGCAAGAUAUAUUGUAAAUUUAUUGGCGCUCAGUCCACACUGUGCAUUAACAUUUCAAGCAUCGUAUUUGGACUGGAGCUACCAGAGUAAUCGAUGUUAGACUACAUGCGGUUUGCUAUAUAUCUUGUUGUAAUAAGGAUACAAGAUACGAGUCUAUGGAAUGAUUAGCAUGAUUCCCAUGGUCUAGAAUAAAAAAAUUUGUUAUUCAAACAUCAGUAAUACUUCCUUUCUGGAUUUAGGUGCUACUCAGAUUCUUUCCUUUUGUCUUGUGAAAGUGACAAUAAUGGCUGCAUAUUCCACUUCUCAGUGGUGAGGUCACUAGUUUUUGAAGGGCUCAGGUAGUUACUAGCUUUUUCACCAUCUUGUUGUCUAGAUCUGCUCUGAGCAGUUUUAGAUUACAUUUGGUAAAAGCACUGGUGCAGUAUCAACACUAGUACUGUUACCAGUAAAAGUGCAACGGGAGAAGACUUGCCAAAAAAAUUGUUAUAACUGGAGCCAAGGAGGGGAGGAGUUCAUGAAAAUUUCCCCCCACUACCACCCCCAUUUUGAUUUCUAAAUUUUAAAUAAUCCUAAAACAAAAGGAAAUGGAGCAAGGUAGUGGUUUGAUAGCUUAGCCUCCCAGCUCUGGAAACCUACACAUUAGAGACCAUCUCAAAACCACUAAGCCAGUUAAUGUAAGGGAUUUUGCAAGGUCUCUAACAUUUGUUAGCUACCACUCCAAAACGCCCACAGUUCAUCCGUCUCAAAGAGGGUAAAUAUUGAAGCAGGAGAGGAUAGUGUAGACGGUAUUUGAUGUGUUGGCUGAGCUGUGUAAGGAAGAUUAAUGUUUCCAUGCAGUAUGCCUAAAUCUAGCUAUUGAGGGAUAUUGUCUUUCUCGGAGUAUUAAAUUCACUAAAGGAAAAGUUUUAAAAGAAAAAUUAAAAAGUAACAAGCCUCAAUGAUAUACCAGUUUCAUUUAAACACAACUGGAUUAUUCAUUUUUUGUUUUUUAAACUUUUUAAAGAUGGUUAUUUAAAUGUUUUUAUUUUAAAUUCUUUUGGUUAGUAUUUCCAGAAGAAAACUAACAGCAUAUUUUUGUUUUCAGUUCAAGGGUAGAGACCUUGCUGCCAAAAUCCUGGGAUAUUGUGAAAAUAUGUGACUGAGCUCUAGGCCAUAACUGAUGCUGAAAUUGCAUCUAUAAAAGUAAGUUCGGGGCUGUAAUUUAAAAAAAACAAAACAAACAACUCGAUAGAUAUGUAGAUCACUAUUCAUAUCACAGUGUGUGUAGGUCAAUUUCUAUCUAAUUAAAACUUACCAUAGAAAACUUUAAAGCCCCAAUCCAUUUUACAGACUCAGGCUAUACACUGGAGUUGGAAGGCAUAAUGUACCAAGGGUCUUGGACAGGAUCGUACUUGGUAUGGCUAACCUCUCCUGAUGCCACAGCUACACUUCAUAUGGGUAGGUCAGCUCAAGCUAGAAACUACACCUUCCAGCUCCAGGAUAGACACACCCUCUCUCAUGCAGCAACAUAACCAAUUCACUGGGAGUGAUAUGACAAAUGCUUGGAGAAUAUCAGGGUUGGAAGGGACCUCAGGAGGUCAUCUAGUCCAAUUCCCUGUUCAAAGCAGGACCAAUCCCCAGAUAUUUGCCCCAGAUCCCUAAAUGGCCCCCUCAAGGAUUGAACUCACAACCCUGGGUUUAGCAGGCCAAUGCUCAAACCACUGAGCUAUCUUGAUGUAUAGUUAUUUUUCCAUCCUGACAGACCUGGAAUGGGGAGCCAAAAGAAUUUUUACAGUUGGCAAGAUGGGAGUGUGUGGUGGGUUUAUGUAUAUAACAGUGAAUAUGAGAAACAUCUUCGAAAGCUUAAGAAGCAAGGUAGUUUAACUAAUCUUUAGGGUUUUUCAUCUGGGCUUAAUUUUUUUUACCUGUGUAGACUUGAGUUCAGGGUUCCGUCUACAGCAAUACUUAAAGACAUAACUAAUGCUGAAAAACGGGUAGGAAAUAUAGAAUAAUGCAUAUAUAUUUACAGAGAAACUGCCUUAGUGUUUGAGGCUGGGACUUCCAAAGGGGCUGAGGAAGUUAGUUGCUCAACUUUGAAAACCCCAGCUCUAGGUGCUACAAAAAUUAUACAGUUAAAACAAGGCAUAGAUAAAAAGUUAAUGUAAUACCAUGUAAAAUGCUUUAAAGUAGUAGGGUCCAGGCUUUCAAAAGUAUAUACAUGAAAGUACAUCUGUAUUCUUUGCAUGUGGAAACUUGUGAGAGUUCAUCAGGUAUUGUGUGUACACACAAGUGCAUGCUUUUCUAAGUCUAAUAUUGUGGCAUUACUUACUUCACUGGAGGGAGUAUUCCAGAGACCCAAACAGUAGAUGCAAGUAUACAAGCUAUGCUAGCCAUUCCUCUGCAACUCUACCGUCUUCAUUGCUUUAUGUGUUAGGAAGAGCAGUUGUUGCAAGACACAAGCGGAACUCUGAACUUGGAUACAACAGGGACGAGCACUGCGUAACCACCAAAAUAAAAUUCUGGUUUUGGGUGGCAAGUCAAUGUGCGUAUAUCUGUAAUAUAGUCUUACACACAUUCUGUUAGUUUUCUAAAUCUUGAACUGAAUACCUGGGAUUUUUUUUUUUUAAAUCUUUGCAGUUCACUGCAGUAUUAUUAGUUGACGCAUCAUGUAAAAUCCAUGUUAGGGAGCUUGUGUCAGCUAAUAAAAGACAGAAUUGAGCCAAACUCACACUGACUGGAGUGCAGAAUUUGGGUCUUAGCAAUUAUCUUCUUCACCCCAACCAUCUUUAUACUAUGUUCUGGUAAUACACAGAAUAAGUCGGUGAUAGCUAAUGCCUUGAGGGAAACGCUAGUAAAUAUUCCACCUCUGCUCCCCUUUUGCACUCAGCCUGAUAAUUAGACUCUGAAACACAACUAAGAGGAAAGUCAGGCAUUACUUCUUGUGUUCCGUGUCUUUAAUAGAAAAUUGUAGAUCCUUCAGAGCUCGAUAAUGACAUAAUCAAAACUUUCCCAUCAGUGUAAUAGUAAUAAAUUAGUUGUUUUUUUUUAUAUUUCUGUUUAAGGAAAUUCAAACAUAGUUUUUUCUCUUAAAAAUUAAAAAAAAUAAGACAUAUAUAAUGAUAGCUUUGCACUGGCCAUAUGGUUUUAAGAAUAAAUGGGCCAAAUUCUCAACUGGUGUAAAUUGGCACAAAUCCAUUGACUUCCAUGGAAUUACACUAAUUUACAACAUCUGAAAAUAUAGCGCUUUUUUCCUACUCCUCUGCAUGUUCACCCAGCAGAAUAUUAUUGAGCUAUUAUCUUUGCUUGAGAAUUAGAAAAUUUUGAACAAACCUUGCCAGUGUCCAGAAACUAUCUUUGCAACACUGCAGAUAGAUUGUGUCUUCGAGAAACAGAAAGAUUUUGAUCUGAUGGUUACCUUUUUUAGGGGAAUUUUAUUAGUACGACACUGAACUCUGUCAGCAAAUAGGAAGGGAAGGUGAAUCGGUUAUAAUUACUACACUAAACUAUUAAAUACUUCAGAAAUCUGUAUUUAGAAAAAAAACAAAGCUUUUAAAAGAGGUUGAAGAGGAAUUAUUUUCUAACAAAUAGAUAUUUUUAUCAUUAAAUUAUAAUGACAUUGUAAAUAUCUGCAUAAAGUAAACCAAAAUCAGCUUGGUCUGAAUGAUUCCUGGCAGUCAAGAUUGCCAAAUCUCAGCUUCAUUGUGUUACCUUUAACAGGUUAGUUUACCUGCUGCAAUCUGUGGAAAUUAGUUUUAUAUUUUUAUAAUACACAGAACUCUUACAAAACUAUACUGUAUUUAUUGUAUAUUUAUGUCAGACUUGGCUAUACAGUUGCUUGUAAAGCUGUUCACCUCCAAAUUCUUAAAUACCACUAGAGUAUAGACUUACCAUUUCCCAAGUGAGAUUUACAUUUUUCCCUACUGUUUUGCCUGCCUAAUAUUACAUAUGAUUUCUGUAGUUAUCAGAUUUCGGAACUAUUUUCAAGCUCUGAUUAGUGUUUUGAGCACUGGACCAUUCAGUUACCAUAACUUUUUUGAUUCUACAGAAUAUUAGUGUAAUUUUACAAAAAGUACCCAUCCACAGAUGAUGUUUUUUUUGUUUUUAACAUUUAUAUUAUCAAGUCAUUAUUUCAGCAGUUUAGUACUGUUUUACUCGGAACUUUUUGCCUUGAAAAGACAUCUACUUAUUUUGUGUACUGAUGCAAUUCUUUGCUUGUAUUCUUAAACAUGGCAUGAGGACUGAUGAAUACUGUAACUGUUAAAUUUGUUGUUUAUUUUCCAUAUUACUACCACAAAUUGCACUUAUCCACAUUCAGAAAAAUGAUCUUUUACAUUAAUGAAGUACUCUAGGUGUCUGGAACACUGUUUUAGGAUGGUAAAUAUUUUGCCAUUACAAAAAACAUGUGCAUUACUGUUUUGUCCAUGUUUUCUUCUGCAUGGGUGUCUGAUUUGUCCUAUUCAUGUAACUUGGUUAUGUGAGUUUUUUCUUGGUAUGCUCAUGUCUUCAUGCUCUAGUUUUGAAUAAAUUCUUACGAUACGCUGGUUA